UCUUGAAACUCAAGUUCUUCCACUUUCGUCUCCAAAACUAUCUAAAGCACUCCCUUCAGCUCAAAGCUCUCUCCUUGUGUUGUUUUGAGCAAAGAGAAUGAAUCCUACAGAUAACAGUGAUCAUCCUCAGCUUCCAACAAUCAAGAUCCAUCACCCCACUUCGCCUCACCAUCCAACUUCCGCCGCUACUCCCACCCCAACUGCCGGCGCCCGGCGUAAGAUCGGGGUAGCCGUCGACCUCUCCGAUGAGUCUGCUUUUGCCGUGCGUUGGGCCGUCCAGAACUACCUCAGACCCGGGGAUGCUGUCGUCCUGCUCCACGUUUCGCCCACUUCAGUACUCUUCGGAGCUGACUGGGGUCCACUUCCUCAAACCCAGCAAAACCCAGAGACCCCACAGUCCCAGCAACAACUCGAAGACGAUUUUGAUGCCUUCACGGCGUCAAAGGCGGCGGAUUUGGCCAAACCCUUGAAAGAAGCCGGGAUUCACUUCAAAAUUCAUAUAGUGAAAGAUCACGAUAUGAGGGAAAGAUUGUGUCUUGAGGUGGAGAGGCUGGGGUUGAGUGCUGUUAUAAUGGGGAGUAGAGGAUUUGGAGCUGAGAAAAAAGGGAGUGAUGGGAGAUUGGGAAGUGUUAGCGAUUAUUGUGUGCAUCAUUGUGUCUGUCCUGUGAUUGUUGUUAGGUAUCCUGAUGAUAAAGAUGCUGGGAUUGGCGUGCCUAUGGUUACGGUUAAACAGGCUGAGGUGGAAGGGAAAGAUGGCAAAGAUGCUUAGCAAGUUGCCAGUGAAGUUCAGCUUUAUACUAUCAAGGUUAUUGGUGUUGAAAAUAUCUAAAAUAAUGUCAUAUAUUUGUUAUUCUUUUUACAAUAGUCCGUAAUCUAAUCUCAUUAUCUUGCUUUUCUUGUGUUGUUGAAAUAGCUUAGAGAAGGCUCCAAUCGUGAGGCGAAGAAAAGUCAUCAAAAUGCAUGGUUAAAAUUGAUCCUAUGUUUUUCUCCUA